AUGAACAAAGAGUUGGUGGUUGGUAGAGACGCAGAGUGCAGUGUUGGAUGUGUGAAGUGCAGACAGGAGGUAUGUGGAUGGAUUGCGCAAGUGAGUGAAGCGUUGUUAGUGAGUUUGAGGUUGGUGGUUGGUAGAGACGCAGAGUGCAGUGUUGGAUGUGUGAAGUGCAGACAGGAGGUAUGUGGAUGGAUUGCGCAAGUGAGUGAAGCGUUGUUAGUGAGUUUGAGGUUGGUGGUUGGUAGAGACGCAGAGUGCAGUGUUGGAUGUGUGAAGUGCAGACAGGAGGUAUGUGGAUGGAUUGCGCAAGUGAGUGAAGCGUUGUUAGUGAGUUUGAGGUGA